UUCAAGUCUUGCUGCCUCGCUUCUAAGUUUUUUAGUUUUUUUUCUCCGGCCUUCUCUACUUAAAUUGUAGAAAUUGAAGAACUCAAACCCCCGCCAUAGCCAUCCCGGGCGUCCGGCGACCUCGCUACCCUCCAUCCUUUAUCAAUCUCUUCUGAUUCCCCAUCAUCCCGCCCCUGUUUUCCCAAUUUCCCAUUCUCUUUCCCCAUUUCCUCAGCAGUCGGGAGACGGAAGCCCCUACCCCCUGUCCCUGUCUCUUCAGCGACUGCGGUUCAGCGUUCACGCAGUCUUCAGCCGGUGUCCAGACGCAGCGUCGUAGCCUGCCAGCCUUCACUCUUUCUCUUCAGUCGAUAACCUUCUCUCUUUCUUCUUAGGUGAAUAAAACAUCUCUAAACCCAGUAGAUGUGCAAUUAUUGAUGAACCCAUCACAAAAUUGACAAACACAACCCAACUACCCAAGCAUCAUAAAAACCUGCUAGUAUCUAUGGCAAUAGCGCCAAUAGUUCCUUUGCAGUUAACCGACUCUUUCUUUACUAAUCUCCAUAAAAUUUCCUCCAAAAUUCUUGAGAUUAGGCUUGAAUCAUUGAAGAGGAAAAAUGGAUCACAUAAGCGUUGAUGCAGUGGCAUUAUGGCGUCAUAUACAGGGCCAUGAAAAAGAGCUUUUGCAUAAGAGAAAGUUUAUUUUUAAUGGGAUUGGAAGAUGUGGACUCUACUGAUCAUAUGGGGAGAUUUUACGCUGGAAAAGUGUCAAUGAUGCCAGAGUCAAUUUUGAGAAAAGAUGAUGUUUUCUAUGAAGAAGCCAGAAGUUUUGUUGAGAAGAGUUUUCUUCAAGCAUUUGAUUCUGAAGCCAGACAGCAUCCAAUUGAUGAUGAUCACUUAUGUGAGAUGCUCAAUAUGUCAAAAUAUAUCUUGCUCUUGCUUGAUGACUUGUCAAAUGAGGGGAUGUGUCUUCUAGCCAAGAUAGUGACUAGAGGUUUAGUUGUUUUCGACAAAACGCGUCCUCGAAUGAAGAGAGUUAUUAAAGACAGCUUAAAAGAAUUGCAUAGUAAUCGGUUAAAUUGCAAUGUACUAGGCCAAAUGCAGGAUGAACUUUUUCAGUUGCUAAAGGACCCAAAGAAUUUUCAACAAAAUUAUGGGAAGCACACAAAAAUUACAAGGAAAUCUCUUCAAGCAUUUGAUUCUGAAGCCAGACAGCAUUCAACUGCUGACGAUGAUCACUUAUGUGAGAUGCACAAUAUGUCAAAGUAUAUCUUGCUCGUGCUUGAUGACUUGUCAAAUAAGGGGAUGUGUCUUCUAGCCAAGAUAUUGACAAGAGGUUUAGUUGUUUUCAACAAAACGCGUCCACGAAUGAAGAGAGUUAUUAAAGACAGCUUACAAGAAUUGCAUAACAAUUGGUCAGAUUGCAAUGUUCUAGGCCAAAUGCAGGAUGAAAUAUUUCUCUUGCUAAAUAACCCCAAGAAUUUUCACCAAAAUUAUGGGAAGCACACAAAAGUGACGAGGAAAUCUCUUCAUAAUGCUUUAAACAAAGUAAAACUUGAAAGUUUUCCUAUAAAGGCCCUUUAUGCGAUGUACAGGACACUCAAAGGGACACAAGGUGUCAUGCUGCAGUCACGUCCUUGUCGCUCUGGGUGGAGUAAAGAUCGUCUGUGUGAGCAGGUGCAGAUGUUGUGGGUGAAAAUGAUUGACCAACAUGAUGAAUCACAUAUGUUACAAGACUCUUUAGUCAAAGCAAUGGCAAUCCCCGGUUUAUAUUCAAAAAUAGCAUCUAACUCUCAAUAUCUUUCUCUGGCCAAAUUCGUACACGUGUCGCCUGAAAAGGAAGCACUGCAGAAUGAGAUAGUAAAGGCUAUUAAGUCACUUAGUCAGAUAAAACUCAAGAAAGAAGAGUUGAAGAACUUGCAACUUUUAUUGGACCCUGAAUCAAAGGUAGAUGUUUAUGGCGGAAAAAAAGUAAUUAAGUCCAUGUUGACGGAUUGUCUCUUCGAAUGCAGUUAUAUGGAUGCAGUGCCUCCUUCUUUAAUAGAUGUUUUGUCUCUCAUAAAUAAGAAGUCAUGCAAUAUACAUAGAUUUUCCUUGAAGGAUGUCAUUGAUGAAGAGGUAGAAUACAUAUUGAUCGUUAGUGCUCACACAAAGCAGCUGGUUUGGGAUUGUGUUCCUUUUGAUAAGCUUGAACAAAAUUUUGUGGAGGCAUACAUGGAGGAUCUUGAAGAAAGCGACGAUGGAGAUAUUUUUGAUGAUGAUGAUCCACAGACACAGACAAAUUCCUUGGAUGAAGUUCAGAUUAGGUUUAAUGAGUCAAUCACUGGAGAUUCUGGGUCUCCCUGUUCUAGUUCAGCAACAUAUACUUGCAAAGAUAAUUUAGGAAGUUGUGAUGAUAUUGUUUCCAGCCCAUCCGUUAGGGCUGCAAGCUUUUCUGGUAAAGAUGAAUGCAUGGGCAUAAAAAUUCACGGGGAUGAAUUCCGCUCAACUGUUGUUGGAGAUGGUUCCUUCUCUUUUGUUCCUCCAAUGUUACAUAGUAACAGUGAUAUGACUGGCGGAUUAUAUCUUCCAAAUCCGAUGUCUAAAUAUCUGAAUAACCAUUAUGUAGCCAUCCAAGAAAUGUGUGACCAAGCAAGUUUAGUUGCAUACCAGGUUAUUGGACAGGUCCUGAUGGACUUUGGACAGUCAGAAGCGUUGGGGUUGAAUUCUGAAAGUAAAUCAUAUCUUAGACAUGAUUUUGCAAGGACAGAACAUUUUCAAGAAUCAGAUGUUGGCUCAAAUGAUAUUGAUGCGAGUGAUCCUAUCAUUGUCCGAGCAGUUCAGAAAGUUAUACCUUCAUUCUCUAAAAGCCAACUUGAGAUGGUGAAGAAGUUUAUGAAAUCAUAGCCGCAAGUCUUCCUAUUCUUUCAGUCCCGGAGCUUGAAACUGGAAUUGUCUUGAUCAAUCACUCUUUUGUCCCGUUGAGAUCGAUAUUAUUGACAGUUAUACUUCCCUCACAACAUGACACUGCCAUUAGCAAUCUCAAAGGGACACUAGCAUUUGAGAGAGCAGUUAUCACGAAAUUAGGGCAGUGAUAUAGGUGAAACUCCACUUUUUUCCCAAUUUUUUGUGAAAAUUUGAAAUAGAUAAGAUUUAUUUAUCAAAAAAAAGCACAUAAUAAGACACGGAUAAACUUAUUUCCAUUUAUAAAUGCCUCAACCCCCAGAGCUCAGGUUUGGCUUAGUUUAGCGAACAAAAAGAGAUUGAUAAAAAAAAGUCAAAAGCUCUGUUUUUACUUAUUAACUGCGAACAAAAGAGACUUGGUCAAACAACAUCAACCAUUUGUUCGCAGUUAAAAUAACUGCGAACAGAUGGUUGAUCCUGUUUGACCAGGUCUCCUCUGUUCCCAGUUAGUAAGUGGGAAUAGGGUUUUUGGUUAAGAAAAAGUCAAUAGUUUAUUCGUACUUACUAACUGCGAACAGCUCCUUUGGUUUUUGUUUGGAUCACAACACUUGUUCACAGUUAGUAAGUGCAAAUUGACUCCUACCCAUAGGUUUGGGAAUUAGGCGCUUAUAAAUGGAAAUAAGUUUAUGCGUCUUAUUGUGUGUUUUUUUUUAAUAAAUAAUCUUAUCUAUUUUAAAUUUUUAUUUUUUGUUGCUACAAUAUAAUUUGUUAUAGCAUCCAAUUUUUGACAUUGUAAAGUUACAACUAUGGGGAGAAUAGUGAGUAGAAGAAAUAUAGAUUAAGAUUAGUGUAGGGUAGAUUAGAUCAAAGUUAAUUAUCAUCUUAUAUUGGAAGUUCAAAUCAAAUAAUUAGUAAUGCUUACUAUUCAUUAUUUUUGAGAAUAGAGUUCCACGGAUGUAAAUUUUUGUGGAUAUACUUUAAAAUAAUAUUUUUACUUUCAUAAUGCAUUCAUAUUCUCAAAUGAUAAAGCA